AUGAGCUAUGCCAAAGCGAUAUUUCCUUAUCACACAGGUGUUAUUGGUGAUCUUGAUUUACAAGUAGAUGAUGUUAUUGAGGUAUUAGAACAAGUUGAUCAAAAUUGGCUACGCGGUAAAAUCAAAGAUAGAAUUGGUCUUGUACCAUGUAAAUUUGUUGAACGUCUUCCAACAGUAAAUAUUGAUCAAAAUCAAUCAUUGUAUAUUGCACAUACAGAUUAUCGUUCAUCUCAUGAAGGCGAUCUACAAUUUCGUCGAGGUGAUCUUUUAAUUGUUCAUGAACAUCUACCUAAUGAAUGGUUUCGUGGAUCACUUCAUUUUGAUUUACCUGGUACAACUUAUAGACCAACUGGUAUUUUUCCAAGUACAUUUGUUACAUUAAUAAAAUCAAACAAAAACAGUAUUGCUCAGAAUGAAACUCAAGUAUCAUCUAGUCAAAAUAAUCUUUUAUUAUUUGAUGAAAGUCCAAUAAAAUUUGUUCGAGUCAUUUGUGAUAUAAAACCGAGUGGAUCUAAUGAAUUAGGUUGUUUUGAAGAUGAAGUUCUUGCUGUUAUUGAAAAUGAUAUUAAUCAAAGUGAAUGGUUAGUUGUUAAAAAUGCAUUUAAUUCAAUUGGACGUAUUAAACGUAUAUACGUUGAACCAAUUGAUGGUCGACAAAGUGAUGAUGAACUAAAUAAUCUUUUAUUUGUGCCUAAUAUUAAAUCAAAUCAAUAUCAAAAAUCAGAUAGUAAUAGUUUAGAUUCAAUACAAGAACUUGUCGAAAAAGAAUUUGAUAAAUUAAUGAACAAAGAUAAUAAAACAGAACAAACUCAUUUUACAUCUCCACCACCAGCACCACCACCUCUGUCUUCUGUUUAUAACUCAUCACAAAUUAAUUAUUCUCAACAAUAUCCAUCUUCAUUAAGAUCAAGUUAUAUUAAUUCAAAUAAUAAUAAUAAUAUUCUUGAUGUACAAUCCCUUUAUACAUCAGUACCAUUAAAUCAUUUUUCAACUAAUAAUCAAUAUAUUUUUACAUCCAAUACGAAAAAUAUUUCGAAUGUAUGUCAUACACCAUCAACAACAUCAUCGAUUUCAUCUUUUGAUGAUGCACCACCUGUUAAACCUCGUCUUUCUCUUCGACCACAGCUGCCACCACCUCCACCACCGCCAUCAUUAUUCAUUCCAACAUUUCCUUUAUCAACACCACCAUUGAGAGGUCCAACACGACCAGCACCAAAGCCACCAAUACAAACUAAAAUAUCAUAUCGUACAAUAAAUAAUCCAUUUAAUAAAAAUUCAAGUCAUGAUGAAACAAUAUCAACACGUGAUAGUUGUGAUACUGAAUCAUCAUCAACAAGAACAGAUUUCUUCGAUAUAGAAUUGCAAAAUUUACAUAAUCAAUUAUUAAUCGAUGAUCAAGUUGAUAAAACUGAUAUAAAUAUUAUUCAACGUCGUCGACAACAUGCGAUUAGUGAAUUAUUAUCAACUGAACGAGAUUAUAUUCGUGAUCUUGAUUUACUUAUAGAAACAUUUCUUAAUUCAAAUUCAAUUUCAUGUCCUGAUAGUGUUAAUAAAAAACUUCUAUUUGGUAAUAUUCGUGAUAUAAAGGAUCUAUCACAUCGUCUUCUUAAUCAACUUGAAUUUGAAUAUACAAAAAAUCAACAAAAUGAUGAUGCACAUUGUUGUAUUGGACAAAUUUUUAAUGUUUUAAUAGAUCAAUUAAAAACUAUUUAUGCAGAAUAUUGUCGAAAUCAUGAAUGGGUACAUAUUUAUAUACGUAAGCAUGGAAAUGAUGAAAAACUUCAAAAAUAUCUUCAAGAUGGUCUCUGUAGAAUUCGUCUUCAAAAAUCAAAUAUUUUCGAUGUUUCAGCACUUCUAUUACGUCCAAUUCAACGUAUUGUUCGAUAUCCACUUAUAUUAAAUGAAUUGUUCAAAAAUACGAGUAGUGAUCAUAUCGAUUAUAUACAUCUAAAAGAAGCCAUUUCAAAUUUAAUAUCUAUGGUUGAUUUUAUCAAUGAAUAUAAACGACGUAAAGAAAUUGGUAUGUGUAUGUGCGUGUGUGUUCAAGCACAUUCAUAUUGUGUUUAUUUUGAGUAG